GUUCUCGCUGCCCUGUCCAGCAGGAUGGACCCCGUCGAGGACACGCUGCGGCGGCUGCGGGAGGCCUUCGGCUCGGGGCGGACUCGGCCGGCAGAGUUCCGGGCGGCGCAGCUCCAGGGCCUGGGCCGCUUCCUGCAGGACAACCGGCAGCUGCUGCUGGACGCGCUGGCCCAGGACCUGCACAAGCUCACGAAGCUGCACUCAGCCUUCAUCCGCAAGGAGCCCUUCGGCCUGGUGCUCAUCGUCGCGCCCUGGAACUACCCGCUGAACCUGACGCUGGUGCCCCUGGUGGGGGCCAUCGCUGCAGGGAACUGCGUGGUCCUGAAGCCAUCGGAAAUCAGCAAGGGCACCGAGAAGGUGCUGGCUGAGGUGCUGCCCCGGUACCUGGACCAGAGCUGCUUUGCCGUGGUGCUGGGCGGGCCCGAGGACACCGGGCGGCUGCUGGAGCACAGAUUUGACCACAUCCUGUUCACAGGGAGCCCCCGUGUGGGCAAGAUCGUCAUGGCCGCCGCUGCCAAGCACCUGACACCCGUCACCCUGGAGCUGGGGGGCAAGAACCCGUGCUACGUGGAUGACGACUGUGACCCCCAGACCGUGGCCAACCGCGUCACCUUGUUCCGGUACUUCAACACUGGCCAGACCUGCGUGGCCCCGGAUUACGUCCUGUGCAGCCCCGAGACCCGCGAGCGCCUGCUGCCUGCCCUGCAGAGCGCCAUCACCCGUUUCUAUGGCGACGACCCCCAGAGCUCCCCCAGCCUGGGCCGCAUCAUCAGCCAGAAGCAUUUCAAGCGGCUCCAGGGACUGCUGGGCUGUGGCCGGGUGGCCAUCGGUGGCCAGAGCGACGAGAGCGAGCUCUACAUCGCGCCCACUGUGCUGGUGGACGUGCAGGAGACGGAGCCCGUGAUGCAGGAGGAGAUCUUUGGGCCCAUCCUGCCCCUGGUGACCGUGAGGAGCCUGGAUGAAGCCAUCGACUUCAUCAACCGGCGGGAGAAGCCCCUGGCCCUGUAUGCCUUCUCCAACAGCUCCCAGGUGGUGAACCAGGUCCUGGAGGGGACCAGCAGCGGCAGCUUCGGUGGCAACGAAGGCUUCAUCUACAUGACUCUGCCAUCCCUGCCCCUGGGUGGAGUGGGCCACAGCGGGAUGGGCAGGUACCACGGGAAGUUCUCCUUCGACACCUUCUCGCACCACCGCGCCUGCCUGCUGGCCCCCUCGGGCCUGGAGGGGCUCAACGGGAUCCGCUACCCGCCCUACGGCCACUGGAGCCAGAAGCUGAUACGGUGGGCCCUGGACUCGCAGAGCUGCACCCUUCUCUGA